AUGGAGUUAGCCAAUGACCCCAAACUACCUGGGGAUGAAAUGGUCAAUUCUUAUGUCAAAACCCUUGCCACUGUUCUUGGGAGUGAGAAGGAGGCAAAGAGGAAGAUAUACUCUGUUUCCGCUACUACAUAUACAGAUUUUGGUGUAGGAGCUGGGUUUCCUCCUGGAGCAUUAAUUCUAGUUUUAGGCCUGUGGAGAUUACACAAUUUCAGAAAGAAAAGAAAAGCAGUUCAACAGAAGAAAGCAUUUUUCAAAGGUCUUUUGUUGGAACAACAAAUGCAAACAAGUGAAAACAAUGUUGAACAAACCAAGUUGUUUGAUUUAAAAGAGUUAGAGAAGGCAACUAAUCAUUUUAGUAUGGAUAGAAUUCUUUGCCAAGGAGGUCAAGGAACUGUGUACAAAGGAAUGUUGGAAGAUGGAAAGAUUGUUGCUAUAAAGAAGUCUAAAAUAAUUGAUGAAGCCAAACUUUCUCAAUUCAUUAAUGAGGUUGUCAUUCUUACGCAAAUCAAUCAUAGAAAUGUUGUUAAGUUAUUGGGAUGUUGUUUGGAGACAGAUCUUCCACUUCUAGUUUAUGAAUUCAUACCAAACGGGACACUUUCUGAGUUUAUUCAUAAGAGAAAUAUGGAGUUUCCUUUUACAUGGAGCAUGCGAUUGCGAAUUGCAACUAAAGUUGCAGGAGCUCUUUCAUACUUACAUUCAGGGGCUUCUUUUCCAAUUUAUCAUCGAGAUGUUAAGUCUACAAACAUACUCCUAGAUGAAAUGAGAGCAAAAGUUGCAGAUUUUGAUAAGAGUGAUGUUUAUAGUUUUGGAGUGAUUCUUGUCGAGCUCUUGACUGGACAAAAAGUAAUAUCUGCAACAAGGUCUGAAGAAGGAAAAAGUUUGGCGACAUAUUUCAAAAUGACAAUGAUGGAAAACAAUCUUUUUGACAUUCUUGAUGGUCAAGUUCUCAAAGAUGCGCCAAAAAAAGAGAUCAUAGUUGUUGCUGAUCUUGCACAGAGAUGCUUACAUUUGAGCGGAAGGAAUCGACCUACCAUGAAAGAAGUAGCAAAGGAGCUAGAAAGGAUACAAUUAUAG